AUGCCCCAAUUCACUCCAGCCCAGAUGUAAAUUCUGGAAUGGGAAUGGCAGCACCGUGAUGGCGAUGACCGACCCGAGAAGAAACGAUCUAUAUUUGCUGCCGUGGAAAUGAGUAUGGUAGGACCACGAGUCACAUCUCAAGCAGUUGGGAAGUUGGGUCAACAAUAGGCUUGUAUUAUGGGACUCUACUCACUUACAACAUUGCAGAUAUUUCUCGAACCGUGCCGCUGCGGAAAGUGGUAUUUUCCCUAGCUUGCAAGAUUCUUUCUAGAGGGGACGAGUAAUGAUUUCGCAGGUCGCUCCCGUACACAGGCCAAAACACCAGAACAGCUUGAGGUUCUUCGCUCAAGCUGGGAAGACGACCCGUUUCCGUUGACGGGCGAAAGAAUCCUCCUAGUCCACGAAACGGGCCUCCAGAAAGCGCAGGUCGACAGCUGGUUCCAGGCUGAGAGGAAAAAGGCAGAGAAGAAUGGCGAGGAUCUUUGGUCUAGGAAUAGAGAUAAUGAUCCGAAUGCCGCGGCAAAGAUGUGGAGAGCGUAUAAGAGAGAUCCGGAUGGGUAUGUGGAAGGUCUAACGUCUGGGAGAAUACAUCCUGGGACUCGCGAUGAACGGUAUGUCCUAAGAGAUGAAGACGGGGAAGAGAGAAGUGCUGUGGAGGAGGCGCGAAGUGAUGGGGAUGAAGAGCGAGGUAUUAAGGAGGAAGAUCGAAGCAUCAAGGUAGAGGAGCAAACCAUCAAGAUAGGCGAGCGAAGCAUUAAGAUGGAAAAACGAAGGAUUAAGGCGGAAGGGCCAAGUGUCAAACUGGAAGAGCGAAAGGUUAAGAUAGAAGAGCGAAAUAUCAAAGUGGAAGAGAGAUGUGUCAAGGAAGAAGCCCUAGGUAUCAAGGAGGAAGAGAGAUUUAUCAAGGAAGAGGAUAAUUGAAUGGCAUAGGUUGGUUCUGGGCUACAAAAACCAGAAUCUACAUCUCCCAAGCAGAUUAACC